CCGCAGGGGGCGCUGGCUCGCUCGUCACAAUUUCACAUACAGAACGAGCAUAUACACAGAACGCAACAAAAGCUAGGCUAUCGAUACUACCCUGUGGAGACAACAUAGGAAACUGGCAAUAUAGCUAGCUAGCUGUUAUUUAUCGUUUAAUAAAGAUGUCGACCACGACCGGCGGCGGAGAGUUUGGAAACCCCCUGCGGAAAUUCAAGCUCGUAUUCUUAGGCGAGCAAAGUGUGGGGAAGACAUCGCUUAUCACCAGAUUUAUGUAUGACAGCUUUGACAACACCUAUCAGGCAACAAUUGGCAUAGACUUUUUAUCGAAAACGAUGUAUCUGGAAGAUCGUACGGUCCGACUCCAGCUCUGGGACACUGCUGGACAGGAGCGUUUCCGUAGUCUCAUACCCAGCUACAUCCGCGACUCCACCAUCGCUGUGGUGGUUUAUGACAUCACCAACCUCAAUUCAUUCCAGCAAACCUCAAAGUGGAUUGAUGAUGUCAGAACAGAGAGAGGAAGUGAUGUCAUUAUCAUGCUUGUGGGAAACAAAACAGACCUGGCUGAUAAAAGACAGAUCACCACGGAAGAGGGCGAGCAGAGAGCUAAGGAACUGAAUGUCAUGUUCAUUGAAACCAGCGCAAAGACUGGCUACAAUGUCAAACAGCUGUUUCGCCGUGUUGCCGCAGCCCUACCUGGGAUGGAUAGCACACCAGAGAAGAGCAAAGAGGACAUGAUCGAUAUCAAACUGGAGAAGCCGCCGGAGAUGGCGGUGACGGAGAGCAGCUGCUCCUGCUAGUAAACACCUCACCCCCCCCACCUGACCUGCCUCCUCCCCACCAACAGCUUGUGUCUCAGUGGCCACUCUCCCCACCCAUGGCUCACUGCCAUCGGCUGGAGAACCUCUUUCCCUCCCUUUCGACUCAGUGACUUUUCAGAGUAACCGUGUGGAUGUGCUAUUACUCUGUAUUUAAACAGAUAAUCUAAAAUAAUACUAUUAAAGGUAAGAAGUAAAACUGUCAAACAAUUGGUUAAAUGCUGAAUAUGAUCAGAUUUUCAUCCAACUGCAUGGCAUUCUCUAGGAUUGCAGACUGACAUAGCUAACUGCUCCUGGGUUAUUGCACUUUUAGGAUCAUCAGUGCGAUCACACUUGUCAUUGUUGUAAAGUUAUAUUGUUUAGAGAUUUAUUUAAGUGAUUUAUUCAGUCCCUUUUUGGUUUUAUGCUUUCUGGAUUGGGUCAACUACAGUAUUCUAUCUACGUGAUCACCAAAGUGUCUGUUACUGAUUCCCAUGAUUUUUGAAAUACUUCCCCUCUAAACUUGAUGAACAUUAUUUUUAAUCGUUGGCUCAAAUCAAAUCUAUAAAUUUAGGCCUAAUGAAUAAGGGACAUUAUUAUCAGGACAUUUUAAAGGCAAGAACAGCCAAAGAACACUUAGGAUUACUGUAGUUAGUUGAUUGAAGAUUUCAAUGGCGGCUGGUUUGUUAUUUUGGCAGGUCUUCCCAAGGGGAUGCUUCAGAAAGUACAUGUAGCCAAUCCGAUAGGAAACAAGGGUAUGUGUUUUUAGAAAAGGGACAUAAUCCCAAAUUCAUUGUACUGGAAAAUACUAAGUUAAAUCUACUGAUGUACACUUUUUGAAACUAUAGCAGCUCUGUCAUAGGAACUUUCCUCAGUUAACUACAAGCAUACUAACACAUCUCCUUGUCUGAGGAGAAAAUGUGUUUAAAGUCCAUAUGUGGGCCUAUGGAGUGAGCAGGUGUCAAACCUUUUACACACUAAAUGGAAACAUGUCACUGGGCCCAUACAAUGUCUCCUACUCACCCUCCAAUUGAUAUAUAUUGUCUUGUUUUCGUCACACUAUUGCAGGAACAGCAUGCUCAUCAUGCAGGAUUCAUAGACGGUUAAGGACACAGAUGCCUUGUUUGUUCACUAAUAUUGUAAAGAUCGAGAGGCCUGCUGAUGGGCCUCUGGCUUCAGUAGUUGUUUUGUAGAGCAGUUUAGAUAGGAAGUGUUAGUUGGUCCUCAGAUACAGCUAACACCGUUGCUGUAAAAAAACAAGUUAAGUGAAGUAACUUUUAUCGCUAUUGCCUGUGCAGGACUGUUGAUUUUAUGUUUUAACACAAGGAACCGUAAAAUCGCAUUGCAUGCUUGCCAAAAUUACAGUUGCUGGCACGCACAUGGGAAGUUAGUAUUUUAUUUAUUAUUUCCGUGUCUCAGAUUGGAUGCUGAAUUUGAAAGCAAAUGCCAGGGCUGGUUGUUUCGUCUCAUGUCACCCGGGUCACACUGAUGUUGACUCUCCCUGCAGUGUGUAGUCAGUGGAUUGGUUUAGUUACAGAAAAGGCUACACUCCACCCCUGUCCUUUACCACGUACUCACAGUGGUGUACACAAAAACAUGAACACACACAAACCAAAUAACCAGUCAUAAAUGUCUCAUCCCCACCGUCACACACCAAUACAUUAUCUGUAGAUUGUUUGAAAAUGUUUUUUUAAAUGUAGAUAAGUAUUUAAUUACAUCGAACAACCUUUAUCUUAAUAGCUAUUCUAUUACCCGUCGCUGACUGAAUACUCGGCUCUGUGCUAUUCUGAAGUGUCUGUCCAUUUGAAAUAUGUCUACUAGUGUUUAGCAACGUUUGUGUGAAUAAUAAUGUACUAUUAGUAUUACUCUGCUGUAUAAAAAAAGAGUUAAAGAACACUGAAGUGUAUCACAUGAAAUAAAGGUAUUUCACCAAAGUU